AUGGGUCUCUACCUUGUUGGUGCCCUUGUUCCUCUUGUACUAACUCUUAUACUUCAGAAAUCUAAGAAAGCAACAAAACGAGGUUUGCCUGUUAAUGGUGGUGGGGAACCUGGGUUUACAAUCCGAAACCGUCGGUUUACUUCCCCAGUGGAAACAUUAUGGGAAGGUAUUUCAACUCUUGCUGAACUUUUUGAGCAGUCAUCCAAGCGGUUCCAAGAUAGACGCUUUCUUGGAACCCGGGCAUUGAUUGCAAGGGAGGUUGAAAUAUCAAAGGAUGGAAGAUCCUUUGAGAAGCUUCAUUUGGGAGACUAUGAAUGGCUAACCUACGGGAAAGCAUUUGAAGUUGUGUGCAACUUUGCUUCUGGUUUAGCCCAACUUGGGCAUAAAAAGGAAGAACGAGUAGCGAUCUUUGCUGACACAAGAGAAGAGUGGUUUAUUGCAUUGCAGGGUUGUUUUAGGCGCAAUGUCACUGUUGUUACCAUAUAUGCGUCUCUUGGGGAGGAGGCUCUAUGUCACUCAUUAAAUGAGACAGAAGUUACAACUGUGAUAUGUGGGCACAAAGAACUGAAGAAACUGCUAGAUAUAAGUGGACAACUAGACACAGUGAAGCGCAUCAUAUGUAUGGAUGAUGAGAUCCCAUCUAGUGCCUCAUCUGUUGAAAGUAGAUGGAGAAUCACUUCAUUCGAUGUUGUUGAGAGACUUGGGCGAGAGAGCCCUGUUGAACCUGAUCUACCUCUUCCUGCAGAUGUUGCGGUCAUUAUGUAUACAAGUGGAAGUACUGGGUUACCCAAGGGUGUAAUGAUGACACAUGCUAAUGUGCUAGCUGUAGCUUCUGCUGUCAUGACUAUUGUUCCUGGCCUUGGAAGCAAGGAUGUUUAUCUGGCAUACCUUCCCCUUGCUCAUAUCCUUGAAUUAGCAGCGGAGAAUGUCAUGGUUGCUGUGGGAAGUGCCAUAGGGUAUGGAUCUCCAUUGACUCUUAUUGAUACUUCAAGUAAAAUAAAGAAGGGAACAAAGGGGGAUGCAACUGUGCUUGCGCCAACUGUAUUGACAGCAGUCCCUGCAAUUCUUGAUCGUGUUCGAGAUGGAGUGCUGAAUAAGGUAAAUGCAAAGGGUGGUCUAUCCAAGAGAUUGUUUCACUUGGCAUAUGCUCGUAGGUUGUCUGCUGUGAAUGGUAGUUGGUUUGGGGCCUGGGGCCUGGAAAAGUUUCUGUGGAACUUUCUUGUGUUUAGAAAGGUUCGUGCAGUUUUAGGAGGUAGCAUCCGUUUUAUCCUUUCUGGUGGUGCUCCUCUUUCGGGUGAUACUCAAAGAUUCAUCAACAUUUGCAUUGGUUCUCCAAUUGGUCAAGGGUAUGGUCUAACUGAAACUUGUGCUGGCGGGACAUUCUCAGAGUUUGAUGAUACAUCUGUUGCUCGUGUUGGAGCUCCGCUUCCAUGCUCAUUUAUAAAGUUAAUUGAUUGGCCCGAAGGAGGAUAUCUAAAAACUGAUUCCCCAAUGCCGCGUGGAGAGAUAGUCAUCGGUGGUCCAAAUGUUACACUUGGUUAUUUCAAAAAUGAAGAAAAAACAAGAGAGUCAUACAAGGUUGAUGAGAAAGGAAUGAGGUGGUUCUAUACAGGUGACAUUGGGCAAUUUCACGCUGAUGGUUGUCUUGAGAUAAUUGACCGUAAGAAAGAUAUAGUUAAACUUCAGCAUGGAGAGUAUGUCUCCUUAGGAAAGGUUGAGGCUGCUCUUUCAGUGUGCCCCUAUGUUGACAAUAUCAUGUUGCAUGCUGAUCCUUUUCAUAGUUACUGUGUGGCUAUAGUGGUGGCUUCUCGAAUCACUGUGGAAGAUUGGGCUGCAAAGCAAGGAAUUGCUUUUAGUGAUUUUUCAGACUUGUGUGUGAAAGAAGAAACCAUAAAAGAAGUGCAAGCAUCGCUUAUAAAGGAAGCAAAGAAGGCACGUUUGGAGAAGUUUGAGAUCCCUGCCAAAAUCAAAUUGCUUUCUGAACCAUGGACUCCAGAAUCUGGCCUGGUCACUGCAGCUCUCAAGCUCAAGAGAGAUGUCAUUAAGAAGGCUUUCUCUGAAGACCUCUCCAAGUUAUAUGCUUCAUGA